AUGCCUGCAGUCUCACUGUCAUCUUCAGUCGAUUCCUCAUCGCUCUACUCCCCGCCCGCGAAUUCAUCCGUCUCCUCUCUAUCACUAGACUCCGAGCUGGCGAACCCGAAUGCCAUGAUCGUGGCCGGCAGCGCUGUGUCAACCACGACUGCCACGACCACUGCCCCGACCGUUUCGGCCGUCUCCGGCCCCACGACGGUCAAGACAGGCACCACCACCACUGCCGCCUCCACGAGCACCACUGCCGCCUCCACGAGCACCACCACCACCAAAGGUAAGUCCUCCAGACACAGCAAUUCGUCGUCCCGCGCGAGCAACAACAGCAACAAGGAAAUGCAGCUCGUGCGCGAGAAGCGCGGCACGGCGAGCGCGAACGGCUCGGCCAAGUCGGGGCGGAGCAAGAGCAGCAGCAGCAGCAGCGGCGGCGGCGGCGGCGGUGAGCGCCCGAACUCGCUGAUGAUGUGGCUCGCCGGCGCCCAGGGGGCCGGCAAGUACAGCCUCGAGCCGGUGCCGGAAAAGCGCAAGCAUAGAAGCAAGAAGGAUGCUUCGGUGGCAGAAAAGGCAGGUGGUUCCCCUGAGGAAAAGAAGAAGAAGGACGCCAAGCACGAUCCCCGCAAGACUAACUAA